AUGUCGAAACCCACCAAAAAGACCAAGAAUGUCUUGACGCCUCCCACCUACGAUAACCGCGAGCAGAUCAUGCUUGGUCUUCCCAAGUGGCAAAAGUUCGCCGCGACGAUCGAUUCAGCAAUCACAAGCCGCAACAAAACUUUAAAAAUAAUGGCUCCCGACAACCUUGGAAAGAUAGCUUGCAAGUAUCUUCAAAUCAAGCUCAUUCCACUCAUUGCAGAGCUCGACGAGAAGCAACCGACUGAUCCAGAGCCAGGAAAGAAGGAGCCAGGGUGGGUGGGGAAUCAAUUCUACCACCAGAGUCGACAUGAGGUCUUGACUCUCGAUCUUGAAGACCUGGGCCGGGUGGAGUGGGAUAGUGUCGAAUAUGCAGAGUAUGCAAUGAGUCUAGUGCGGUCCAUUAUUCAGGCCGAGGAGUGUUUGGAGGCUCUCAAUGACCAAGCCAGUGUCGAGAAGAAUAAGGCUGAUACAAGCCGGUGA